GUAAUUCUACAAGUUUUUGGUAACUUUCUAGUUUUAAAACAGUGUUUUCAUAUGCCUACCUGCCUUUUCUAAAAAAAUUUACACAUUAUUGGUACCAUGAUAAUUUGUAGAAUCAUAAAUUUGCUUAAUCAAACUUCACAUACAAGUGCGCGUCUUGGCUCCCAAAGGUACCUAUUCAAGACAUUAAAAUGCAAAGCAGUGCAAAGUGUCAAGCAGACCUUCAGUACCCAGUCAACAAAAACAGCUGCCAAGGAGACAUCAUCCAUAUCACUUAGGUUAUUGGGACUCUCUUGCGGAGCAGGAUUAAUUGUAGGAAAACAGCUGUUCAACUCUGAAAGUCGGGUUUACUGUGAAGCAAAGCUUACAUCAAGAAUUAUUGAAGAUGAACAAAGCAAACAACCCAAAUUUGACUGGCACAGAUUUUGGGAACUUUUAAGGCCACACUGGUGGUAUCUCAUCAUUGCUGUUUCAAGUGCUUUUGUCGUGGCAAUUCUAAACAUUGAAAUUCCUCGGUUGCUGGGAGAUAUGAUCAAUGUUGUCUCCAACCAUCUGAAUAACGACGCUGAAAGUGCCGUAGAAAACUACUGGCAAGAGCUAAAAGUACCAGCAAUGAGGCUCGGCAUUAUGUAUGUCGCCCAAGCGGCCUUUACAUUCGUUUACAUCCAUACAUUGUCAUGUGUUGGUGAGCGUAUGGCCUGCCAGCUCCGUCAAGAUCUCUUUUCCGCUAUAGUUCGUCAGGAUAUAGCGUUCUUUGACAGUCAUAGGACGGGAGAACUUGUUAACAGAUUGACUACUGACGUACAAGACUUUAAGAGUUCUUUCAAGCUUUGUGUUUCACAAGGGCUAAGGAGUAUCACCCAAACAAUUGGUUGCAUGGUGUCUAUGUAUCUUAUCAGCCCCCCAUUGACUCUGUAUAUGGCAACUAUAGUUCCAGCGGUUAUAGGAGUGGGAAGCUUAUUAGGGAAAUUUUUAAGGAACCAAUCACGCGCUGCUCAAGCUCAGGUGGCCAAGUCGACAGCGGUUUGUGAUGAAGCGUUAAGCAACAUUCGAACUGUUAGGGCCUUUGCAAUGGAAGAGAAAGAAAUGGAAUUGUAUGCACAAGAAUUGGAAAAAGCAAGGACAAUGCAAGAGAAUCUUGGCAUGGGCAUUGGACUAUUCCAGUCAGGUGCAAAUCUUUUUCUCAAUGGCAUCGUUCUUGGAACAGUAGGUAUUGGCGGAUCUUUACUGUCGUCAGGUCAGAUCAAACCGGGUGAUCUCAUGGCCUUCCUAGUCGCUACGCAAACUAUUCAGAGGUCUUUAGCGCAGCUCUCUCUCCUCUUUGGCCAUUACGUUCGUGGUACAUCCGCUGGCUCUCGAGUUUUUGAGUACACCCACCUCGAGCCUAGAAUCCCUCUCCAUGGAGGCAAAAUUAUUCCCUUCCACUCCCUUUUUGGCCAAGUGGAAUUCAAGAAUGUUCAUUUUUCAUACCCCACUCGCCAAGAUCAAAAAGUGUUGAAGGAUUUCACACUAACCCUGCCAGCGGGCAAAGUCGUCGCUUUGGUUGGCAGCUCUGGCGGUGGUAAAUCCACUGUCGCAGCGUUGCUGGAAAGGUUCUAUGAUACAGAUAGCGGAGCAAUUACAAUCGAUGGUCAUAACAUCAAGAACCUGGAUCCGACAUGGCUACGUGGACGAGCGAUUGGUUUCAUUAAUCAGGAGCCAAUUUUAUUCGCCACAUCCAUAUUAGAGAAUAUCCGGUAUGGUAAACCCUCGGCCUCGGACUUUGAAGUGAUGGAAGCAGCCAAACUGGCUAACGCUGAUGAUUUCAUCCGGUCCUUCCCCAAUGGUUACGCGACGCGCGUAGGAGAAAGGGGCGUGACCAUUUCUGGUGGUCAAAAGCAACGCAUCGCUAUUGCCCGGGCACUAUUGAAAAAUCCGUCUAUUCUCAUCUUGGACGAAGCGACUUCCGCUUUAGAUGCUGAAUCAGAGAAGCUUGUACAAGAUGCUCUGGACAAGGUUGCGGCGGGCAGAACCGUUCUGAUUGUUGCACAUCGCUUGAGUACCAUCCAGAACGCGGACAUUAUUGCAGUGGUCUCUAACGGAACUAUUGCCGAGUUGGGCACUCACAAAAGCCUUGUGGAAAAACGUGGUCUUUACUGGAACCUGAUCCGGCAGCAACAGCAGAAUCAUUCGAAUCAAAGUGCUGGAGCCUAGAGACGGAGUUUUUAAAAUAGCCCAAUGAUACUAGCGUGGUUUUGUUAAAAUAGGACUUUGUUAUUGAAAUGUCUUGUUGUUAAUAGGUUUCAGCAAUUAAAAGUUUAAAAGCCGGAAAAA